UCAGGCUGGCUCUGCACCUGGGGGUGAAGUUCCACGAUGGUGCAAGUUGUGUGUGUUAGGCCAGCCUAGGCAGCUGAGGAGGUGGUACUCGAACUAGCCGCCUUAUCCCAGUCCUCUACAGACAAGAUGGUGGCUUUGCAGAAGAAGCAGUCCUUGUUGUUCAUCAGGUGCUGGUUGAUGCAGGCUCUACGAUGGGCCAGGAGUGGGGGAGUGAGAGUUGACCCUUACGACCCUCUUGCCCUCCAAGCCCGUGGGACCCACUUACUUGCAGGACUUGUGACCACAGGGCUGGAACACAGCGGAGAUGGGGUGGGCAUAGCAGAUUGGGCAGAGGUCCUCUUCGCUGGUGGGCUACAGGAAGGAGGGUGAAGGGAGGGUUGGGCCCGGGUACCUACACCGCUGUUGGGGUGCGCAGACAGAUUCAUGGCAUGGGCCUGUGUGCUGUGGCCUUACUCACCAAGGAGGCAGCAGCUGCCUGGGCAGAUGCCGCAGUCAGGUGUGCCAGCAUCUGUUCCACCUGGGUCAGCUCCUCUGCGCUGAUAUAAUCCGUAUCUGUGUUAGUGGUAGGUGGUAUCAGGCCCACUGUGGCCCUAGAACCUGGAGCCUCUUGAAAGUUCCCAGCCAGGGAGUUUUGUUUCUUUGAGGAGCCUGAGCUCAAGCAGUCCUAGAUCUCCUCCCUGACUGCCUCCCCUAGCCCACUUACAGCUCUGCAGGGAGAAACGUUUCCGGUCAGGGGCAGCCAGGGCAGUGCCAGGUGCUGGGGGCUCCGGCUGGCCCAGAAGGUAGCAUAUAGAACGAAGCUGGAAGCAGGGGUCAGCCAGGAGCACCGAUGUGGCCCGCUCGGUCCUGGGGAGGGGAAGGUGCAUGAGUACUUGGAAGCCUUGAGGCCUAUUGCAGGAAGAGCUGACAACCCAGAUGUUGCCCCUUUAUCCUUUCAGUCUUCCUGCUGCUUAGCAAUCCUCUAGUAAAUCCUGGGUCCCAGCAGUCACACACACCCUACUCUUAAUUUGAAGGGGAGAGCGGUGUGAAGCUCCCGUAAACAUGCAAACUCCAGCUGCCCCAAAUACAUCCUUCAAAAUCACUAAAGGAACAUUGCAAGUGGCACAAGUACAUUAUCUUCAGGCUAGCUCUUCUAUCAGCCCAAGGCAGGCCUGGGACAUUGGGGCCCUCUGGUGGUCACACCAGGUCCUUGAACUGCCCCCGCCCCUUACGAUGGGAGCCAAUGGGACCGUGGGUCUCCGCCCCUGGGCGGCCCGCCUCCCCGCGAGUACUUAGAGGCGAGCGGCAGCGCUUAGAGAAGGCUGGCAGAGCGGAAGGGAGUGCGGCCCGGCCUCGCCUCCCUAAGCCGCGAGCGGCGGCAGGCUGUCAGGGUGGAGCCCGCAGCCAUGGGCCAGAGGGUGCCACAAACGACGAGCUUGAGCAGAAGCGGGUGAGUUCAGGAGCUCUGACCCACAAAGCUGCCCUCUUCCCUAGUGCUCGCCGCCAUGGCCUGGCUGGUGCUGGGCGCACUGCUGUGCACGAUGGGCUCAGGAUUAGGCACCUCAGAUUUGGAGGACUUCCUGCCCCCUUCAGCCCACACCUGCCCUAGUAAGUGCAUUUGUGCAGCGGAUUUACUGAGCUGUGCGGGCCUCGGCUUGCAAACCGUGCCGGCAGCAUUACCUACAGCCGUUGCAGACCUCGACCUCAGCCACAACGCGCUCCAGCACCUGCGCCCAGGCUGGUUGGCGCCCUUCUCCCGGCUGCAUGCCCUGCACCUAGGUCACAAUGAGCUGGAUGCGCUAGGUCGGGGUGUCUUUAGCAACGCCAGCGGCUUGAGGCUCCUUGAUCUAUCAUCUAACAGACUGCGGACACUGGGACGCCACGACCUGGACGGGCUGGGUGAGCUGGAGAGACUGCUUCUGUUCAACAACCGCCUGGCACACUUGGACUUGCAUGCCUUCCACGGCCUGAGCGCGCUCCGCCGCCUCUACCUUGGUUGCAACGAACUCUCCUCUUUCUCUUUCAACCACCUGCACGGACUUGGGGUGGUCCACCUCCGCACUCUCGACCUGUCCUCCAACCUGCUGGGCCACAUCUCCAUCCCAGAGUUGGCUGCCCUGCCGGCUUUCCUCAGGAACGGCCUCUACCUGCACAACAACCCGUUACCCUGCGACUGCCGCCUCUACCACCUGCUGCAGCGCUGGCACCAGCAGGGCCUGAGCUCUGUGCGCGACUUUGCACGCGAGUACACGUGCUUGGCCUUUAAGGUAGAGGCAUCUCGUGUGCGCUUCUUUGAGCACAGUCGGGUCUUUGAGAACUGCUCAGCUGUGGCGGCUUCGGGUCUAGAGUGGCCCGAGGAGCAGCUGCACACGCAGGUGGGUCGGUCCCUGAGGCUCUACUGCAACACCAGUGCCCCUGCCGUGCGCAUCACCUGGGUCUCACCACAGAACGAGCUGCUUGUUGCACCAGGAUCUCAGGACGGCAGCAUUGCCGUGCUGGCGGAUGGCAGCUUGGCCAUAGGCAAAGUGCAACAACGGCACGCGGGCAUCUUUGUGUGCCUGGCCACAGGGCCCCGCCUGCACCACAACCAGACACUUGAGUACAAUGUGAGUGUGCACAUUCCGCGCCCGGAACCAGAGGCUUUCAACACAGGCUUCACCACGCUUCUGGGCUGUGUCGUGGGCCUGGUGCUGGUGCUGCUCUACUUGUUUGCACCGCCCUGCCGAGGCUGCUGCCGCUCCUGCCGCCGAGCGUGCCGCAGCCGCCGCUGGGCCCGAGCGCCCAGUCCCCUCCAGGAGCUGAGUGCGCAGUCCUCGGUGCUCAGCACCACACCACCGGAUGCACCCAGCCGCAAGGCCAGUGUCCACAAGCAUGUGGUCUUCCUGGAGCCGGGCAGGAGAGGGCUCAAUGGUCGCGUGCAGCUAGCGGUAGCCGAGGACUUCGAUCUCUGUAACCCCGCGAGCCUGCGGCUCAAGGCUAGCUCGGAGUCUGCCAGCUCCACAGGCUCAGAGGGUUUCGUGAUGACCUAGGCUGCCUGCCACUUACCCUGCUCCCUGCUCCCUGCUGCAGUCAAGGGACCGUGAACCGCAAUGGCCUACUCACUGCAAGGGGUUGAGGCCCCCAGCUUGCCUCCUGCUCCGCAUAGCAUAGGACUCCAAGGCCCCAGACUAGCGGGGCCUACUAGUGCCUGCUUCCCCUGGGACCUGUAGUGCCCAGUGUCUGAUGAGGAUGGGGGAUCAGGUAAAAAGCCUUUGAAUUAAGGGGCACCCAGAGGGCUAAGCAUACCACCUUUCCCUUCCUGCCAGGGAGUCAGCAGCUCAGUGCAGAGCAGGAAGAGGAUGUGGUAGAAGAUCCAGCCCCACACCAGGACAGGAGGAGGAAAUGAGCCCGGCCUCUGCUGAAACAGAGCCCUGGCCCGCCACAUCCAGUCUCCAUAAAGGUGCACAGCCCGGUAGGCAGGCAUUAAGACAGGCACAUCUCCUCAAAAGACUUUAGGGAUGGAGCCUGGACUGAGCCCCAGGUCCAGCAGCCCUGCUCUGUAGCUGAAGGUGACCACAGCCCAUCUGGAAAAAACCUGGUGAACACAGACAAGCUGGGAGGUCCCUGGAGGGCAGGAACCUCUUAAAGACUGGCACUCAUCUCAGACUAAUGGGGAAGUGGUACCCUGACUUCACAUGCUUCUCACUACUCCUGCUGUAGGCAGAAAAUAAAGGGGGAGGCCCUCAAGUGAGACUGAGCUGGAGCUCCGUGGCUGUCCUAAACCGUGCUAUUAAAGGAGUUUAUAAUAAAGGAGAUACACGCUCACUGCUGGGCCUCCA